GUUGAAUAUUCUAAGUCUACCGUCAAUACUAUAUGGCAAUUCCAUCUUUAUGGGAUAUCUGGCGCCAAAAUCGGCCGACAUCUUGAUAUCCCAAAGUCCUCAGUCAACACCAUCAUCCGAAGGCUGCGCAAGCACCCCCUCUAUAUAUAUUCGAAAGCGCUUCGUACAGGACGUCCUCCUAAGCUAGAUGAACGCGCAGAGCGACACUUAAUACGCUAGGUUGCGUUGAACCCUUUUGCCACGAUACAUACGAUCGCGACGCCGUCGAAGACUGGAUGCGCUAUCCACAUCAACACCGCCCGCAAAUACCUGGCAAAGCAUAAAGUAUACGCCUUCAGGCCUCGUCGCAAGCCUUAUUUAUCGAAACUCUACAAGAAAAAGCGCAUCCGAUUUGCUAGGCUCCAUCGGAACUUAGAUGAGGAUGAUGUAGCAUGUGUGGCAUUUUGCGACAAGGCAACUUUUAAAGUU